UCCGGGAAGAUGGCUGCCGUGGAGGGUAUGGCGGCGGCAGUUGCUGCCGGAGCGGCGGCGGAGCUCAAGGCUGAGGCCGAAGGGGAGGAGGCGGAGGCGACGCCGCCGCCGUGUGAGGCUGUGCGGUGGGCGCCGGUGGGCGCAGUAGCCGAGGCGCAGGCGGCGCUGUGCGAGGAGGACGACGGCUCGGAGGGGUGCGCGGGCUCCGGCCCCUCCUCGCCCCCGGAGUCCCCGGGCCGGGCGCUGCGGCGGCUGCGGGCCGAGCGACGGCGGCUGGACUCGGCGCUGCUCGCGCUGUCUUCGCACUUCGCGCAGGUGCAGUUCCGCCUGCGCCAGGUGGUGCGCGGGGCCCCAGCCGAACAGCAGCGCCUGCUGCGCGAACUCGAGGACUUCGCCUUCAGAGGCUGCCCCCACGUGCUGGGCUGGGGCGCCCCCGGGGACCCAACGGCCGAGGAGGCAGACGGAGAGCGGCCGCGCGAGGGCCCGCAGGGGCUGCGGCCCAAAGACCGGAGUGAACAGGAAAAACAGGAGCGUGUAGAAGCCCAGAGAGAGAAGCAGCGAGAGCUCAUUGUUCAGCUCAAGACUCAGCUAGAUGACCUGGAAACCUUUGCCUACCAGGAGGGCAACUAUGACUCCCUGCCACAGUCCAUGGUCUUGGAAAGACAGCGGAUGAUCAUAGACGAACUAAUAAAGAAGUUGGACAUGAAUCUGAAUGAAGACAUCAGUUCACUGUCUCCUGAAGAGCUACGGCAACGUGUGGAUGCAGCCGUGGCCCAAAUAGUGAAUCCUGCCCGAGUGAAGGAGCAAUUGGUGGAACAGCUAAAAACUCAGAUCCGAGACCUGGAAAUGUUCAUUAAUUUCAUCCAAGAUGAAGUGGGAAGCCCCUUGCAGACAGGAGGUGAACAUUGUGAGUGUGGGACAUCAGGGAAGCCUGGAAAUGGCUCCUCGAGGGUUGGUUCUAGAUUAUCUUCUGGAAAUAAGAAAGUGAAUACUGAGGAGGCAAAGAAGAUCCGAGAGACAGGGCUGCAUUUGAUGCGGCGGGCACUGGCUGUACUCCAGAUCUUUGCAGUGAGUCAGUUUGGCUGCACUGCUGGUCAGAUCCCCCGCACCCUGUGGCAGAGGGACCAAGCAGAUAAGGACUAUUCUCCUCUGUUGAAACAGUUGGAGGCCUCAGUGGACAGGGUGAGGCAGCUAGCUUUGAGGAGCCAGCUGAAUGAUCACGUCAUCAGCAGUACCAGCCUUCAGGACAUCCCCCUGGGGGGCAAAGAUGAGCUAACAGUGGCAGUGCGAAAGGAGUUAACGGUGGCCAUACGAGACUUGCUAGCCCAUGGAUUGUACGCCUCCUCAUCAGGGAUGAGUCUUGUAUUGGCACCCAUUGCUUGCCUGCUCCCUUCCCUCUCCUCUGCCCCUCAGACCAUGCACCCUUGGGAGCUCUUUGUGAAAUACUACAACAACAAGAAUGGCCGAGCUUUUGUGGAAUCCCCAGCUCGAAAGCUGUCCCAGUCCUUUGGGCUGCCUGUCACAGGAGGUGCUGUUGUGACACCCAAACAAAGCUUGUUAACUGCCAUCCACGUAGUGCUGACUGAACACGACCCCUUUAAGCGCAGUGCAGACUCAGAGUUGAAGGCUCUGGUAUGCAUGGCCCUGAAUGAACAGCGUUUGGUGUCUUGGGUCAAUCUAAUCUGCAAAUCUGGGGCACUCAUUGAGCCACACUACCAGCCUUGGAGUUAUAUGGCACACACAGGCUUUGAAAGUGCCCUCAAUCUGCUCAGCCGGCUGAGCAGCCUCAAAUUCAGCCUCCCUGUGGACCUGGCUGUCCGACAGCUCAAGAACAUCAAAGAUGCCUUUUGACAACCAGGCCCUUGCCCCUGCCCAGUGCCUCUCCAUAGGGAUGAGUUGCCACUUUACUACAUGAGGCUGAGGGAAUUGGAGGAAGAAGCAGCUGGGUUACAGGUUAUCCCUAGGCUCUGCAUAGGUGGCCAGCCCUAGUGCCUCUAAAGUCUGUUACCCACACUUUAGCACCUUAGAAUUCACACUGGAGAGCCCCUGGUUGGAAAUGCCCUGUGCUGGUAUAUGACCGCUUGCCUGUGUGUACCUGGGUGCACACGUGGAUGUGCAUGGCCUUUCUCCCAGAGGCAUCUUUGCCUUCCCAGCUGCUCUAAUAACCCACAGGUACCUUCAUCAGAAACUUAGCAAACCCAGGAGUGCAUUCGUCCUGUGGCAAUAAAAAUAAGGGUUGGCAAAGAUGUGUUCCCACUUGUGGGGAGAAGUUAAGCCCGGUGUUCUGCUGCUCAAAUGAGAGACUCCCUCUUUUUCUUUAUUUUUUUUAUUUUGGACUUGACAAUGAACACUUCCACAUAGAUAGUAGGACAGAAAAAAGAGAAUUGUACCUGAAACCCUUGAUCUCUAUAAAUACAGCUCACUUUUCCUUUUAAUCCUCUUUUUUCUUCCCUUCUUUCUUUUUUCUUUUUCUUUAUUUUUUUUUGAAGCAGGGGACAGCUGGGUAGACAUAAUAAUACAUGGAAUUCUGGAUUGGAAGUCAGGAAGACUUGAAUUCAAAUGCUCCCACUUACUUACUGUGUGACCCUGAGCAAGUUACUUAAUCUCUGUCUGCCUCAGUUUCCUCUUCUGUAAAAAUAGGGAUAACAGCACCUACCUCCCUGGGUUGUUGUAAGGGUCAAAUGAGAUAAUAUUUGUGAAGCUUUUUGCCAAACUAAAGCAUCAUAUAAAUGCUUUUUUAUCGUUUUUUUUCUUAAAGCAGGUUUGAAUCACCCAAAGGCAGCCCCCCUGUGACCAUAGUUUCUCCUUUGUACCCAAAGACAGUCUCUGUGCUAGAAGUUUCUGUAUCUUUCCUCUGUUCUAAGCCAGUGAAUACCAUAAGAAAAAUUGCAUUCCCUUAUACCUUAUGACAGAAAUUUCGGCAGGGCUGUAAGGGAGUUAGCCACAUUUAUUUCUUUGUUUUUCUUUUAAAUUAAGCCAUUUAGAAGCAUCUUUCCUCGUGGAGAUCAGCUUCUAAAUCCGAGUGGGCUGAUGUUUUGCCAAUUUGUGUGCCAUGACAAAUAUUCUCUGGCCUUGUGUGUUUUCUACCUACCCACCCUCUUUUCCCAAGACUCUUGUAUCCCUAGGAAUUCUCAGAUGCAGAGCUGUUGUUGAUCUAUUGUGUCAGGGAUCCCCAUGUUGGGGCAGACUUGUGUGUCUAAAAAUACACAUGCAUAACCAGUAUCAACUUUUCCUUAAUUCAGGAGCUUCCUUGGCACAGCCUGUCUUGGAGACUGAGAAAGCUUUCUUAUCCCUCCAGGGAAGACAUUAGGUUGAUCUCAGUAUGCUAGGAACUGGCCCCUCCUAUUGUAGGUGUUGAUGCUUGUCUGCUGAUAAUUGUUCCCAAGAGUGAAAUGGGAAGAACUGAAUAGCUAAUUCUAGAACAGCCCUAUUUAGCAUUUAUUAUCUCUUGAGUCUUUUUAUUCCACUUUUUUUUUCAAUCAGUUUAUGGCAAAUACCAGUAUAUAACUGUCCAAAGCUGUGAAUGUACAACUUUCUGGACAAACCUUCGAGGUUUAAACACCCUUAAAAAAGCUUUGUAUUCAGUUACAUGUGUGCAAUUGUGGGAUGAUCUUGUGUCUGCUGAGCUCUACAGUGCAUUUUAACUUAAUUUUUUUUUUCAGCAAAUGUCACUUAUUUAAAAUUGGGUUGAUUUUUUUAUCCUAAUUUAUCCACUGUAUGACAGAAUAAAUGUAAAUGUUGUGGACGAUAA